CAAUAACAUUAUCUACGAAUAAAAUAAAACUAAGAAAAUAAAGUAUUCGUAAGAAAAACGAGUUGUGUCAAAUCGACUUUGAAUUUAAACAUGGUCAAUAGGCAAAUCAGAUUAACUUUAAUAUGGAUCUUGGUGGAUUGGCUUAUUAUAUGCGUUUUAGGAUAUUUAGGCAAUAUAACAUAUCCCAAACGAUGCUACGACAACAGUUUACACGUAUUUUACACCCAAACUGCCUUCAGCCUGGAUGAGUGCAUUCGCGAGUGUCAAUUACGGACCCGUUGUUUUGGGACCCGCUACAACAACCAUUACAAACAUUGUUCGUUAUUGGACCCUGUGGACCUUGAUCGUCUGCAGGACGAGUCCCCGGGAUGUUUGUUCACCAAUAUAAGUCAAUGGGAGCACCAGAAUCUUGGUUCCUGUGCCGGGCACAACUGCUCAAUGUCCGAGGUCUGUAUCCCGGUCAACCCCACUGACCACGAGUGUAUGACGUCACAUUGCGAGAUGCCGCCAGUAGUUGCCAACGCCCGGACAUUAGCAGGCACACAACUGCUUGGAUCCCGAAACCUCUACAUCUGCAACGUUGGAUAUUCCCGUGUGGGUGACCCUGUUGUCAAGUGCCAGGAUGACGGGCAAUGGACAAAACCAGACUUCUACUGUAUUAAACAAUGCCGUCGUCCAAAGGCAGAUCAUUACAAUGCUUAUCUCAUCGGCGCAGACGUCGUGAAUAAUUUCGCGCCUGGGACGACACUUUAUUUCCGAUGUAAGGAAGGGUUCCAUUCGGCCGGAACUUUCACCUCGAACACAUGUAACGAUCAGUUCAACUGGACGCACGGAGACAAAAUUCUGUGUUGCCGUGAUGACAAGCACUAUUAUCAGGAACGGUGUUUUUUGCCGUUCGGACAGGGAACAGCCAGCUCUUUUCAGGAAAUUAAAAGCCACUGCCAGAGUCUGGGCGGCUGGCAGGGUGACGUUUACAAAGGCUAUGCGGAACACAUAGAAGCGAUGGGAGUGACUUAUGACUUGCUAAUUAACGUCUGGCAGAAGAAGGACUUCGAGACGUGGAGAAACCUCACAAGCAACUGCCUUGUCCCUAAUUUCGGGUCCGACCUGAGCCAGUUCUCUGGCAUGUCUUACGGCGAUAUUGUUCAUUACGUAAAUGACAACUUUGACUCCUUAGGUGCGGAAGACAAUCAAUGUUGGUGGGCGAAUCUUUGGGGGCCUGGCCUUGAACCUAACGGCGGGGAUUCUGAGCCAUGCACGUUUCUACUAAAAUCUAACGGUUACCAGGGGUUGGGAGAUAUAUCUUGCAAUUUUCAGAAUCUUAAUAUUGGCUUUGUUUGCCAUUUUCCAAUGGAUACGGUUAAUGAAUUACCUUAAAGCUGCACUCUAACUGUUUUGGCAACUUUUUUUGUCUUUGAAUGAGCCAAUUUUUGCGUAAAUAUCUGCAAACCACUGAUAUAAGACUGCUCACAA